AUUUUUUGAAUAGGCCCGGGGGAUAGCCAAGAUCAUGCGUACACAAACUCAAUUUAGGAUGUCUCCCUAGUUCCCAGUUUCAUCUUAGCUCCGUGUGGUAUAUUUGUGAGACGAUAAACCAUUGGAUCGUCCCGCCUGUUUCAGAUGAAACAAACCGAAACGUACAUAAAAACUCAGUGCCAACAGGAAUCCAUUAACCAAACGACUUUGAAUCACUUAUCAGGGAUUCUCUUCUUCUCCUAAUAGAAAUCUAUAUAUUGUAUUUAUCAUGCACCAGACUCCAGAAUCAUCAUCGUCAAAACGUAAAAAACGCCUUCGCGAUGAUGAUGAAGAAGAAGAAGAAGAAGAAGAAGAAGAAGAAAAAGCUGAAACUAGCGAUGGUGAUCAAACUCUCUCACUUGAGGAAAGUCUCACAUUUAGUGACACGUUAGUAGCGCUGCGCAUAAUGCGGGCUCAGUUUCCCCAAAUUGACAAGGUCUCAAUUCAACCUUUCAUUUUACGUUCCCAAUUGUACAGCAGUGUUAAGGACAGAACACAAGUAGAUAGAGAAUUAGAGUCUUUGAGAAGAGAGAAACUUUUGCGUAUUUUCAAAUUAAAUACUGGACAAGAUGAUCAUGCUAUAAUGUUUUUAGAUGACUACCUAUGCCAGGUAGAUCUUGUUGUGAAAAGAUUGGAAGAAAAGAAGCAAGGUGAUGUUAUAGUUUUUGAGUGGUUUAGAACUCAUGUUAUUGAUGUCAAGUUGGAAGCUAGCAUCGACCAUCAAGAGCUUUGCUCACUCUUAUCUCUUGGUGGAAAGGUGAAGGAUGAGCACAUAUCCCUUUUGAUCAAUGCUGGUCUUCUUACUCGCCAAUUGAUUGACCCAAAUAUGUACUGGUUUGCGAUUCCAAAUAUUGGUUCAGUACUUAAAGGCCUUUCUCAGGGGAGAAAGGAGCUACUAUCUCUUAUAAGCAGCAGGAGAUAUAAAGAAAUGAUGUUGGCCCCUCUGGAGAAGAAGCGUCUUCGAUUCUCGCCACUUGAUAUGAGAUUUCAUCUUCGGGACCUGUUUGGUUCAGGUCACCUAAAAACUGUCAGUACCCCAACUGGCUUAGUGGUUCGUGUUUCAAAAGAUUAGAAUUCAUUAUGCCCUUCCACAAGUGGAUCCUUAUAACAUUUCUAACUGGCUUGUGUUGGUCUCAAUGUUCAGUAACAGGUUCCAUUGACUUAUUUCUAAAUUCUCUACUUAGUAUUUUCCUCUAUUAUCUGUGAAUUACAUGAAUAAGAAUUCUACCCAGGUUAGCAAUGAGAGCGAAGAAAGGAUUAGGCAAAGCAAUGAGAGCGAAGAAAGGAUUAGGCAAUCACAUAUAUUGCCAUUGGAGAAUUCAAGAUGAUGCUGACUGUAUUCUCUAUCAGGUCUGUAUUUUCAGUCUUGAUAGCCUUUUCAAUUAAUUGAUCUCUGUGACACUGCAAGUUAUAGGUGGUAAACGUCGUAUUAUUUGAACAUGUAAUAGCAUGCGCUCAUGUACCAUUUGAUUCUUCAUUGUGUAGUUAUAUUUUAAAUUUGAACUUUUCUCUCUCU